AUGUCCGGUAAAGAAAAAGAAGACAUAGCAAACGAUUCAAAACUAACCACUCAGAAUGAGGAUAAAUUCUUACAAUUUCAAAUAGUUACUCAGGGUGGUGAAAGUGGUGUCAUUAAAGAGUCAGAAUCAGAAAUAUUAAAAACGGAAAAUAACUCUGAAUUCGAUAGAUUUCAAAAUGAUUUGGAAUUGGCAAAUUUCGAAACUCAUAGUGUGGAGGAGAACCUUGAGCCAUGGAAACCUCGAGGCCCUUGGUAUCAUGAUAUCACGAAGAGAAGAUGGUUCGCUUUUGCCGUCAUUGGAAUCUUAUUAGUAAUUGUUCUUAUUGUUGGUAAUUUCCUGUGA